CUACAACACACCUUGGCAAGAAUGCUAACCGGAAAGAGCGUAACCUCGAAGGAGGGAGAACAGCCUGGGAUUAUGCAAGUUCUCGAGAUGGACGACUUUCGUCCCGAAAUAGCGCGUCUGACAUUAGCAACAGAUCACAUCGCUCGAUGACGUACGGCCUAUGUAUUAAAGCCAGGUUCGUUGCGUGCACAAAUAAUUUUUAUUCGGUCAUUCUCGGGUCGCGGGAAAAAACCGGUUCGAAGGAGAGAUUACGCAGCCCUGCAGAAAGUAGCUUUAUCUCCCGCGCAUAUUGCAUAAUAUUGCUCAACGGAGUAGUCAUCGUCAUCGUGGCAUAAUAAAUCAAUCAGUGAACACGUUCGUAUAAACGGAGACAGGAAUCGAGAUGAUUCGCAAUCUCUGCCAAGUAUUCACUUCCCGGAGGAUCGUAACGGUGAAGAGUCGCAGCAUGGUCGACGCUCUGACGGAGCAAGUGCCGCUUUCGAGGGAUUUUCUCUUCCGCCAGUUUUUCGAUUCAAUAUCGAGUACGUACACAUAUCUGCUGGCUGAUACCAACGAUAAAGAAGCAAUUUUAAUCGAUCCAGUUGUCGAAUGGGUUGAACGUGAUAAAAAAAUCAUCGAGGAGCUGGGAUUAACGUUAAAAUACGCCCUCAACACACACGUGCAUGCGGACCACAUCACUGGGACGGGUCGACUGAAGUCGUUAUUGCCCGAUUGCAAAUCCAUGAUAUCGCGCAGCAGCGGUGCCGAAGCGGACGUACUCCUGGAACCGUACGACCAUGUCGAAUUUGGCAGACACCAGUUGAAAGUGCUGCCUACACCAGGCCACACAGAAGGUUGCGUCACGUACAUUUGCGAUGAGCAGGCAAUCGCGUUUACGGGGGAUGCACUCUUGAUACGAGGAUGUGGCAGAACUGAUUUUCAAGGCGGAUCUGCUGAGAUCUUAUACAAAUCCGUUCAUGAGAAGAUAUUGAGUCUGCCGGAAUAUUAUCGAUUGUAUCCGGCACAUGAUUACAACGGCAGAACCGUCACCACCGUUGCCGAAGAGAAGACUUUCAAUCCCAGACUAUCCAAGUCACUCGAGGAGUUCAUCAACAUUAUGAAUCAUCUGAAUCUUCCAUAUCCCAAGAUGAUUGAUAAAGCCGUACCGUCCAACAAAGUUUGCGGCUUGUAUGAGGUUGAAGAAGAAAAGAGUGAGAAUCAUUGACAGCAUUCUAGCCAAUACAACAGCACGUCAGUAUUGUAGUCUUAUUUUUAUUAAUAACAUCUGCUUUUCUAUAUGAUUAAUAUUAAUAA